AUGCCUUACGGUGCAUUGAGAUCCUCGCAUGCAAGGGCAAUCGAUUAUUCCUCACCAUCGGGUCCGGCUGUAUCAGCGUCUCCGCCUAGUGAUGUCCUCGUGAAAACUCCUGGUGCUGAUACUGCGUUUAGACCGGCAGCAGAUUCGCCAUCUGAUUCUAGGCUUUCGAAAGCUCUGAAAGUCAGGCAUGCGGUUGAGAGAGCUCGUCAUUUCGUCCAAGGCAGGCACCACGAGCUCGUAAAAUCAAUGAACAAGCUCGAACGAGUGAUCAUGACAACAUGGUUAUACCAAUAUUGGCAGUUCUCACCCAUAACGGCUAAGUAUUGGGGCAAGGGCCCGCGAAACUGGACUGCCGGAACUCCUUGA